AUGCUUACACUUUGUGAGACAGGAUCACCAACUGGCUUUGCUCUCAAUGAAGAUGACAUGUGGAUGGGUAUGAUGAGUCCUCAUGGUAGGAAUAUACUGGACUCAGCCCAAGUGGUGGGUCACUCAGUGAACUCCACUGUGCCAGAUGGCCAAAACAACCAUUGUCCCAAAUUCAAGACUGAAUUUCAUCCCUGUAGCAAGUGCCCAAUGCUUUUCCAAUCUGCUGAAGAGUUUGGCCAGCAAAACCUCAAAUACAUGGCCCCAGACUGUGAGCCCUGGCGCCCUUUUGCUUUGGAGGGCAAUUACAUUUUUGCCACUGUCACUGUUGAAGCCAGGCUUAGCUCAACUCAGAGCAGUGGCACAACUAACACCAAGAAUGCUGUUCCAUUUGCAUUUAUUCUUUAUGCUGACAAGACAUCGCUGUCAUCUCAUGGUACUGCCAAGGGUUACCCCAUGGUAGCACAUUGUGCCAACCUCCCAGUUCACAUUUGCAAUGGUGAACAAUACAGUGGUGGCUGCAUGGUAGGCUGGCUUCCAAUUGUUUCCAAGCUUGUGAGUGAGGAGAGAAAGACUGGCUAUGUAAAUUUCAAGCAUGUCAUCUGGCAUGAAGCCUUCUAUAAGCUCCUUGAGAAGGCUGUGGAGCUCUCAAAGCUGACUACAAAGAACUUCCCUUUUGAGGAGCUUUGGGACUUAUCAAAGACAUACAAAAUGUGCACUACCAAGCAACAUCAAGAAGUGCUGGCAUUAUAUGAGCAGAAGAAGUCAGCCAGUGAGAAGAAACUGAAAUCUCUUGGGUUACAUCCCAUCAAGAAUGUUUUUUGGUUGGUAGAACACUCAGAGCCUGAACAGGCUGCAAGCUUCGAGCCACUUCACUCCCUGCACAGUGGCUUGGGAGGCAAGCACAUGCAUGAGGAGCUCAAGAUUGUUGUCAAUGAACUUGGCCAUGAUUUUGAGACAUGUUUAGAAGAAUGGUAA